AUGAAAAUUCUUUUUAUUAUUCUUUUAUGGUCAAUAUAAGGCCAAGAGAAUGAUUUUUCAUUUAUAUAGAUAUCGGAUUACAGUUAAGAUUUUGAUUCCAUUCGAAUUAAAGUAUAUUCUAAAUAAUUGGAUAAAAAAAAUUCAAAUCAUAAACUGUUUAAGUAAUUAUUAAAAACUGCUACACGUUUCACAGAAGACACAUAUAAAGUAAAACGUACUACAAAAACUAUAAUUAUGAAUGCCAAAUAAUGUCAUCAUGUUAAAGUCCCUAAAAAACAUAGAAAAAAAGGAGUUAAAAAUACUGAUUUUAUAUUAUAUGUAACAGAAACUAAUGUUUAAGAAUCUUGGAUUGCUAAAUCAUCUCCUUGUUUUUAUGAUUAAAAUUAUAGACCUUUGGCAGGACAAAUAAUAUUAAAUAAUCAUCAUUUCCUUAAGAAUAUAACUUAAAUAGUUAAAUAUGAAAGAUUAGGAACAAUAGUUCAUGAAUUUACACAUACUUUGGGAUUUCAUAGAAGAAUUAUUGAUUAUUUCAAUAUGACAUAAAUAAUAUAGGAUAAAUUAUAUCUUAAAAGUCCAGGAGUUAUAGAAUAUGCAAAAUAAUAUUUUAAUUGUUCAUCUCUUUAAUAUUUACCUUUAGAAGAUGAUGGUGGACCAACAGCACAAUUUUCGCAUUUUGAAAAAAUGACAUUUAAUUAAGAAAUUAUGACAGGAACUUCAAGUAGAGAUACUGUUUAUAGUAAGUUUACUAUGCUUGUAUUAUAAGAUACUGGAUUAUAUUAAGCAAAUUUAUCAAAAGCUGGCAGAUAUGAAUAUGGAAUGAAUUAAGGUUGUUUGGCAGCUUAAGGAGGUUUUGAUUCACCUACUAUUUGUAAAUUGGCAAAAAAUGAAAGGUUUUGUUCUUAUAAUUAUUAACAUAUUUAAUUGUGUAAAUCUUCUUAAAAAUUAGCUGAAUGUGGAUUAGUUACUGCUUUAAAAGAUUGUAAUAAAAAAAGAUGCUUCAAUUAUCAUGAUUCUUAUACUUAACUUCAUAAAGCUAAAUGUUUUAAAAGUAAAUGUACAAUUAUGGGAAUUUAAGUAAAAUAUAAUGGUUAAAUUUAAUAUUGUUAAUCAGAUUUUGCUACAAUCUCAUUUAAUGAUUAACUCAUUUAAUGUCCUGUUUAUAAAGAUUUUUGUAACAAUUAUUCUCUAUGUAACAACAGAGGAGAGUUUAUUAAUGGAAAAUGCUAAUGCUAUUUAGGAUAUAAAGGAAAGAAAUGCUAAAAAUAAAUGUGA